AUGAGAUACUUCGCUGGUUUCUCAGUGAUGCUUUUAUAUUUUAUCUUUCAAAUCAUCACUGCUUCUCCUGUUCCAAUAAAGGAGGAUAUGUUCAAAUUAAGCAAACGGAGCGUCCUGAACCGUCGUGAUGUUGCAAGAGAGUCGGAAUCACCCACCUUGCAUAAACGAGGUCAACAAAUUCUUACAGAUUAUGGUGGCGCCAAUCUAGAGAAACGUGAACCUUACAAAUGCGUAGCAACAAUAUAUACUGACUGUGUUCACCAUCGUGAUGUUGCAGAAGAGCCGGAAUCGCUCACUUUGAUUAAACGUGAUCAUUACCGUUGGGGCUUCUCCUCCCGCGGCUGA